AUGAAGGUGUUUGUUUUAUUAAGUCUUAUAGCAGUGUCAUUUUCUACGUAUAGUAUGUGGUAUCAAAAUAGUGCUGUCACAUCAAUAUCAAUGUUUGGAUUUUGGUUUUCUUUAUUUAUGUUGGUGUUCUAUGAGAUGAUUUUUGAUGUUUGUUGGCCAAUACUUUACCUUUUAUCAGCAUCAUCUGCAGCAGCUUAUACUGGAUUACAUUUUAGCUACUUGAUAAGUUUGUUAUUUGGAUUUGCUGCAAUGUUUGCAUAUGGAUAUGAUGCUUUAUUGAAAUAUCAAGCUAUUCAAGCUGGAGAAAUCGCGCAAGGAAAUGUAGUAGUUCAUAAGCAAACAACCACAUCAACAACACCAUACUGA